AUGUUCUGUCAGUUCAUAUCACGUCCAGCCCAGUCUUUGAGUGGAAAAUUCUCAUCCAAGACACUCUGUUUGCCUUUAAUUGCAUCUCCAGUCAGAAUAAAACAUACAGUUCAAGGAUAUUCUACGUUCAAUGCUCAACAGAAUGCAGGCAACAAGCAACAAAAAAAGAAGAUACCACUAUGGCCGCGAAUUAGGGCUUUUACGACUUUUACCUUUUCCGGAAUACUGGUCAUCGGGGCCACUGGUUUAGCUGGAGUUGUCAUCUAUUUGAUUGGAGCAGAGCUAUUCUCUCCUUCGGGGGAUACUCAAAUCUUCAAUCGUGCCGUUAGCAAAGUAGAAAAUGAUGAAGUCGCCAGAAGAUUAUUGAAAUGCAACGAUACGGAAACGUCUACAGAGAGAUUAAAAGCGUACGGAGAAAUUUUAACUGAUGAUCGUUGGACAAGAAAUAGACCAAUCUCAUCGACAAGAAGAAUUGACAAGGAGGGCAAGGAACAUUAUCUCAUGAGGUUCCAUGUAGAAUCCAAGCAGAAAAUGGGGAUCGUUCAUGUGGAAGCCAAAGAAUCCGAUGUAAAUUACCAACCUGAUUUCGUUUCAAUGUACCUUGAUAUUCCUGGAGAAAAACGUCAUUAUUUGAUUAAGCCCAAACUUUCCAUUGUCAAACCAAAAGGAUUCUUGGGAGUUAAUUGGGGCCCCAAAAGAGACUAA